UGGAAGUGAGAGAGAGCAUCACCUAUCUACAACCCCACUGCCGCCCGCCACCGCAACCUCUUCUGGACGCCGCAUAAACAAACAAAAAACUUCAGCACCGCCAUCACAUUCGCUUCACAACAUCUGCACCUGUCGCUAUGGACGAAGAUAUGGAGGAAGACCGGGUGUCCUUCGAUUUGAACGCCUCGCUGCGCUUCUACCACGACAACCCGGCGUCGGUGCCAUGUACAGAAGCGGACAACGGCCUGAUCGAAGCAGAAGAGAAUCCCGAUUCGCUCACCAAUGCGAUGAUAAACCAGAUCUUGGAUCCCAUCAUCGAUCGGGUCGCCGAGAAUCCCGACGCGAUCUCUAGACUCUCGGUGCUGGAUACUGUACAGUGUUUGCUCAAGUACUUCGCGGUCAUCCCGGUCCAGGCCGCCGGAAAAGUCCUGGACAUCAUCGUCUCCGGACUCUCGGCGGAAGCGGACGUUGUCAAUAUGGAUCUCGAUUCCGACGAGCAGGACACGUUGAAGGAACAUAGAGAGUUGCUGGAGAUUUAUGGGUUCCUCCUCCAAUGGGUGAUCGCAGGACUGGAGGCGAGAAAUGAGAAACCGGACUCUUCGGCAACGGCUGGUACGACGGUGGGCGGACAAAGGGGCAAAGGAAAAGCCAAAGGGAAGGGGAAAGCCGUAGCAAGCGCGGCAUGGGAUUCGACCACACAGCUCACCACCGCUCUAGAGGUGAUGUGCAAAGUUCUCAAUCUCAAGGUCCGGUUGCUACGAGUGUUUGUCACGACCUCCGAGAGGGACACCUUUGUCUCGCUCUUCACGAGGCCAGUCUACUUGAUUUUAGAGAACGAGCAGAGAGUGAAAAACAACAAAAUCAAGAUGUACAUCAUCAGGGUUCUCUGUAUCGCGGUGAAGCACCAUGGCCACGCUUUCGGUGCACAAACGUCCAUCGUGCAGAAAUUGACGUACUUUGAGCAUCUGUCUGAGCCGAUGGCCGAGUUCCUCCAAAUAUUGUUCGAGCAAUACGACUAUCCGCAGCUGGUGGAUGAAGUCCUGAGGGAACUGAGCAACAGGGAGUUCAAUAGCAAUGACUCCAAAGGCCCCAAGUCCAUCUCGACCUUCAUCGUAACGUUGUCAGAAAGGCUGCCUCGCUUGGUGUUGAAGCAGAUGACAUUGGUUGUCAAGCUGCUGGAGAUAGAAUCACACAACUUGCGGAACGCCGUCAUCGAAGUUUGCGGAAACCUUAUUGUAGAGCUGACGAAGGACGAUGAGCGAAGCGAAAACCAUAAGGCUCAGAUGAAUGCGUUUUUCGACUUGCUGGAAGAAAGAUUCUUGGAUGUCAACCCAUAUUGCAGGUCAAAAACGAUCCAGGUUUAUCACGGCAAACUUCUCGACCUUGAAACCAAGUUCCCCAAGCGUCGUCAAAAGGCGGCAGACCUUGCGUGUCGCAGUCUGAAGGACAAGAGCAGCAAUGUCCGCAGGAAUGCGAUUAAGCUUUUGACUAAGCUCCUCUCCAGCCACCCGUUUAGUGCACUGCACGGUGGUCUCCUGAGAUACUCGGAAUGGGAGGCGCGGCUCAACGUGUUGGAUGACGAACUCAACCAGCUCAUCGCACCUGUUGAAGAGAUGGCCGCCAGUAAAGCUGAACCCGGAGACGGAACGGUGGAUCCCGAGCUGUUGGACGACGCGACAGAGAUCGGGAGUAACGAUGGCCAUGAUGCCGGAGAAAGCCCAAAGAAAGCCCCGCCGCAGCCCCAACAGGACCACUCGGAGGAAAUCACGAGGCUGCAGCUUACGAGGCGAUACUACUUGGAGGCGUUGAGGUUCAUCGAAACAAUCCACGAGGCCUCGGACAUCGUCAUGCAGCUCUUGUCCUCUAAAAACAAGAGUGAAGUCAUCGAGGCCAUGGACUUCUUCAAAUCCCUCGACGUCUACAAAGUUGAGACCGCAAAGAUUGGAAUCCGGCGAAUGCUCCGUCUGAUCUGGACGAAAGCUAGCAGCGAUGAAGGGAAGGGGGUGCAAACGCACCUCAUCGAGACCUACAAGGACCUCUUCUUCGUUGCUCCGCCGGAAAUGUCGGAAAAUGACUCUGCCAACUACAUUGCCCGAAACAUGCUCAGCCUGACGAUCGGUACCACAACUUCGGAGUUGACUUCGCUCGAACAACUCAUGAGCAAGAUGAUGUCUGAAGGUCUCAUCUCCGAUCUCGUCAUCAGCAAAUUGUGGCAGAUAUACAAUGUGCAGAAGGUCAAGAUUCCGAGAGCGCAGAGGCGCGGCGCGAUAAUUGUGCUUGGGAUGUUGGCCCUCGCCGAACCGGAGAUCGUGGUCAGGCAGCUGGAGACCAUCAUUCGUGUGGGACUUGGUCCGCUGGGGAGGAAGGACCUCGGGCUUGCAAAAUACACUUGUCUAGCUUUGAGACACAUCAGUCCCGUUGGUAGGAAAGCAAAGGACGCACCGUCUUCCAUGGGCAAACUACCGAACGAUCACCCGAUAAUGGAACGAUUGGCAGCAUUGGUACAAUUGCCAUCGGAAAGCAAAGACUGGUACGGCAUGGCAGAACAGGCGAUAGGCGCCAUAUAUGCACUUGCGAAGAAGCCGGAUCUACUCUGCGGAGACAUCAUCAAGAGGAAGACGGUUGCUGUCUUCAGCAACCUGCCGGCGCUCCCGCAACAGGACGGUUCUGAAGAUCAGGUCAUGCAGGAAGCUGGUGCGCCUGAGGAAGCGGAGACGGCUCAACAAUCGAACGAACCGGCGGCCCCGUCCUACUUCCCGUUGUCGCAGCUUCUCUUCAUCGUUGGACAUGUUGCUAUCAAACAAAUCGUCCACCUCGAACUCCUAGAGCUCGAGUUCAAACGCAAGAAGACGGAGCUGGAGAAGAAGAAGGAAGUUGAAACUCCCAACGGUAAAACCGAUGAGGAGCAGGACGAACUCGAUCUCAUUGGCGGUACUACGGAGGACGAUUUCACCGAGGGAAUAGCACACGUUCGUGAACGCGAGCUGCUGUAUGGAGAAGAUUCAUUGCUAGCCAGGUUCGGAUCUUUGGUCACGGAGAUUUGUACAAGGAAUACACUGUACACUGAUCGGAAUCUCCAGGCUCAGGCUACGCUUUGCAUGGGCAAGUUGAUGUGUGUGUCAGCGGAAUACUGCGAGGAACACCUGCAGCUGUUGAUUACCAUCAUGGAACGGUCCACCGACUCCAUUGUGCGAAACAACGCCGUGAUCGCAGUGGGCGACAUGGCCGUAUGCUUCAACCACCUCAUCGAUGAAAACACCAACUUCCUCUACCGGCGUCUAAACGACAACGAAGCGUCGGUAAAGCGCACCUGUCUGAUGACACUGACAUUCUUGAUCCUGGCGGGUCAAGUCAAGGUCAAAGGGCAGCUGGGACAGAUGGCCAAGUGCCUUGAGGAUUCGGACAAGAGGAUCGCGGAUCUGGCGAGAAUGUUUUUCACCGAGCUUGCUACCAAGGAUAAUGCAGUCUAUAACCACUUUGUGGAUAUGUUCUCGCUACUCUCCGCAGAGGAGGACCUCGACGAGGAGUCGAUGAAGCGUAUCGUUAAAUUCCUUGCGAGCUUUAUUGAGAAGGACAAACACGCAAAGCAGCUCUCCGACAAACUUGCCGCUCGUCUCCCACGCUGCGAGACUCAGCGGCAAUGGGACGAGAUUGCGUAUGCACUCUCCCUUCUCCCACAUAAGAAUGAAGAAAUACAGAAGACAGUUACGGGGGGCUUCAGAGUGGUUCAGGCUGCUGCUUAGGGGAUCUACUCUAUUCUAUUAUGCAAGAUACUUGGGUAUGGAAGGGUCAUGAUUGGUUUCUUUUCUUUCUUUAGCGGUUUUGGUUGGCUAUGUUCUAUGUUUCUCUUACGAUGAUGAUCCAUCGUGACUAUGGCUGUGAUCCUGAUCGUGGUCGUGAUUGUGCUCAUGCUCGUUUCCUUCACAACCACAGCUCGGGUUCGGGCUCGGCUUCAGGUACAGAAUCAACCUGAAC